UAGCAGUUUCUGAUUAAACGUAAACAUCGAAAUGACUGAUCAUACAAUUGUAGAAGCAGACAGUUCCUUUUCGCUUGGGGAUUUCAAGAUGGCUGAAAUAAAAUAUUCAGGGUUCAUCGAUCACUCGUUACAUCAUUUAGCGGGGACCGAAAGUAUAGACAAGGAGUUGUCACUGAAACUUGCUACAGCCCUGAAUAACCGAGGUCAAAUUAAAUACCAAAGGGUAGACUUUGCUGAAGCUAUCGAGGACUAUACAUUAGCAUUACAACACAGACCAGACUUUGCUGUUGCUUUCUACAACAGGGGUCAAAUUCACUACCGGCUAGGUCGUUUCCAAGAAGGCAUCUCUGAUUUCCAGCAUGCCCUUGCAAUCAAACCAGACUUUCCUGACUGUCACCUAGCGCUUCAGACCGCCCAGGAGGACAUGGCGGAGAUGAGAGAGAAGACAAGUGGUGUAUCAUCCAACUCAUGACACAACGUGUAAAAGAGAGAGAGAGAGAGAGAGAGAAAGAGAGAGAGAGAAGAUGAGUAGUGUAUCAUCCAGCUCAUGACACAACGUGUACAAGAGAGAGAGAGAGAGAGAGAGAGAGAGAAGAUGAGUAGUGUAUCAUCCAGCUCAUGACACAACGUGUAAAAGAGAGAGAGAGAGAGAGAGAAGAUGAGUAGUGUAUCAUCCAGCUCAUGACACAACGUAUACAAGAGAGAGAGAGAGAGAGAAGAUGAGUAGUGUAUCAUCCAGCUCAUGACACAACGUGUACAAGAGAGAGAGAGAGAGAGAGAGAGAGAGAGAGAGAGAGAGAGAAGAUGAGUAGUGUAUCAUCCAGCUCAUGACACAACGUGUACAAGA